AUGCGCCGGGAAAAGUCCUUAAGGAUCGGCGUUCACCACGCCAACGCGGUCGUAUGGGAACCAGUGUACAGAACGCACCUGGUGUCCUCGACGACGUCCGGCGUCAGGAACGAAGAGAACGACGUCGACGCGCGCGGCUCCGAUGCCUUCGAGCGCCUCGCCGCUCCCUUCGAGCGCGCGCGGCGGCGCGACGCGUCCGCCGCGACGACCGGCGUCGGCACGACGUCGUUCGGAUGCGGCGGCACCGGCCACCCCAUCUCCUAUACGAGCGAAGCGAACGUCGGGGUGGAGUUGAAAGGCGUCAGUAAGAGUUGA